UCCAUUCAAUAAGAUUAUGACAUAUUUUGGGUACACCGCAAAACGUAAGUUUGUGUAUAUGUGAUAUUGUAAAUUUCACCGUAAGUGCUUUCAUUUGUCAUUGACUGUUUUUUUUUUCGACAGUUUUGGUCAUUCAAAAAGUCUAUCGCCAGAAUGCGAGUGACUUCCACUUUGAGGAACAACAAUGGCAAGCGACAAUCGAUAUCGCUUCUUCAAAUUUUGAGGACAAUGGAUCAUUGGUAGUUGCAUUUGUGUACAAGAAUCUGCAUGAACUACUUCUGACAGAUCAAGCCAUCACGAGUGAAACAGACAAUCAAAGAUAUCUCAACUCCAGGAUAAUGGCCGUAGCUGUGGACCCCAAACCAGAGAAAUUGCGAGAAAAUGUCAUCCUUAAGUUCAAAAACCUGAAGGUCUUGACAGCAGAAAAGCGCUGUAUGUUUUGGAGUGGCUUAAGCGAAAGCUUUUCAGAGGAAGGAUGCCAUGUAAUUACAUCAAAAAGCAACUCAGAAGAAACAGUUUGCAGUUGCAAUCAUUUGACGCAUUUUGGCGUCUUAAUGGACUACGACGGCAGCACAAAGCUCACCGAGGAGUACGAAAAAAUUCUGGAAACUAUCAUUUACGUGGGACUGAGCCUUUCCAUCGUCGGGAUACUUUUAACAUUAAUACUUUAUUCUUGCCUCACGUAA